AAAAAAAAAAAAUCGGAGUGUUAAGUAUUUUUAAAACUGUAGCAGACUUCGCAGUAUUUGGUUCUUACUGUACUCUGGUUUUAAUUUCACUGGAGCCUUUUGAAGAUUUCCGCCCAAAAAAAAGAAGCCAAGAUUUGUGUUAUUUUACGACGCUUUCCCCCUUCUUCGUCGUGCUCUCCUUUACACUGACGCUGCUGACACUUAGCGUCGGCACCGACCCGUCCUCUUCCUCCCCCUCAUUGAAUUUUAUGGAAAUUGCAAUUUCCCCUUAAAAUUCUGGAUUCGAAACAACAAUUUUCCUCAAAAUUUCUGGAAUUCACCUCAUCUUUACAUUACUGAGCUUCAAUACAAAUAAUUUCCACCAGUUAGGGUUCCGCUAGAGGAGAAGCCGCGCGGUUAGGGUUCCGGUUGUGAAUUUUCUCUCCUCUUAGAUUAUUAAGCGAUUAUCACGAAUAGAACCUCUGGUGUGUAAAGAAUAUAUCAGCAAACGCCCUGUCAUAAUUCCCUAUCACAAAGGAGGCAAGCGAUUGCAUAUUGGACUUCAGGUGUGGCUUUCAGAAAGCAUUAUUGCCUGAAUGCUAAAUUGGUUAGAAUCCAAGAAAUUUGGUGAUUAGAAAUGGAUAAUGGAGAGUCAUCGCAACGAAUUUCAGAUGAAGAGUCCUCAUAUUCGAUUCCCCGAGGAGCUCCCAUCUUUGUACAUGACUUUGUAAGCCCCCUCACUAGGGUUUCUGUUUUUGAGUCCGAUGUUUUCCAUGAAUUGGAGAAUUUGAAGGCUGAAUUAGUCUCUGAUUCUACUGAUUUCGAAGAUGAAGAUAUUUCGGUGGGUCAACUUAAAUUAUACAGUGAUGAGGAGUUAGUUGCUGAGGCUAUGAGGAUUGCUUUUCAGGAUGACGGGGAGGAUAAAACUUCUUCAGACUUGGAAAAAGACCCAUGCAGCUCAGGGGCUGAAGAGUAUCAAACAAUGUUGGAUGCUGAUACAUCAGCUUCCUGUGAGUCCUUUAAUGGCUCUUCAUCUGACACAAGUUACUGUGGAAAAAAAGAUGGUACUAAUGUGAAGAAGAGGAAGAGAAAUGCUAAAAAUAAAGCCGGCUCAAAGAAUGGGAGGACGAAGAAAAUGAUUGAUCGUGAUAAGAAAAAACACAAUGACUUGUAUCUUGAGAAAGUGGAGCAUCUUGCAAAAAUCAGGCAGAAGCAGGAAGAGGAAAAGGCAUCAGUGAAACUCCAUUCAUUGAAUUGUGAGAAAGAUAACACCACUGCUCUAUCAUCUGGAAACAUUGAAACUCUGAAAUAUCUCGACUCAUCUGGCUGUUUUACCAAGGUGUGUGCUUUCCUUGAAUCCACAAUGAUUGAGAGUAGUACUAGGAUGGAUGACCUCCUGGGAAGUGUUCAUGUUGGUUCAUGUAACCGACCCCACUUAUGGGAUUAUGGCGUUCAAGCAGAAGAAGAAGAAGAAGAAGAAGAAGAAGAAGAAGAAGAAGAAGAAGAAGAAGAAGCAGAAGAAGAAGAAGAAUCUGUGCUUUAUCAUAACAAACAUUCCUGGAAAAAGACACAGGAAUUUCUGGUCCUUGGAAAUCAAACCUUGACUGAGCUGAGGGAUAAGAUUCGUUGUUUGACGGAUAUGGUUAUGCAAAAAGCAGAUACAUAUGAUCCUUCUGGAUAUUUCCUCAUAGAGGAGGUUUUCUGCAACGACACAAGGAACCCUUCUGCUAUCAACUAUAGUGAGCCAAUUUUUGAUUGGCUUAAGAAUAGCAAGAAAGAGGCACUUGCAAAAUGGAACUCUAUUCUGUCUGGUGUAGGAAAAGGUCGGAAGCUUCCUUUGGACAGCAAGCCAAUAUCCAAAUUGCCUAAUUUUAGAUCAGUUGACAUGCAAAGGACUCGCUUUUGUGACCUGGGAUUCCGGCUUGGCUCUGGGUAUCUGUACUGUCACCAGGGAGAUUGCAAACAUGUUAUUGUGAUAAGAGACAUGAGAUUGAUUCCCCCAGACGAUGUACAAAAGCGAGAAGCUUACCCUUUGCUUGUGUAUCAAUUGAAAUCGGUUUUAAAGAAGUGCUCUGUCUGUCGUAUAUACAAAGCCACAAAGGUGACGUUGGAUGACAAGUUGGCUGGGGAAAACCCUUGUUAUUUCUGUGAUAACUGUUAUUACCUCCUCCAUUAUUCUGAAGAGUGUACUCUGCUGUAUAAUACGUUUGAAGUGCACGAUUAUCUUCAGGAUUACUCCUAAUUGUGGUCUUCAUAUUCAGUGUGUAGUUGUAUAUUCCUUUAUUUCAUCAUAUGGUAUAAAUUUUUGCUUGCCAUUUGAAUCUAAUCACCUGAAUUCUGAUGAUUAGUAUUCUGUAAUAACUUGUAAUGUGCAUCUCCAUAUAUCUGCUUAUUGUAGUACUUUGUAGUUGAAUUCAACACAACGGUAU